AUGUCAACUGCAGUUCCUCCAAAACUUCAACUGGCAGCCACACUAUCGCUUUUAGCUGGCGGAAGUUUCCAGUACAUUGUUGGAAAUGAUUAUUUGGUGGGCAUGUGCCAAAGUACAGUGUGUAAGUACGUAAAUAUAUGCAUAACAGAAUUGGAGGCUAAACUGUGUCCGGAAUUUAUUAAGUUUGAUCCUCAAAACUCAUAUGAGUGCAUGAAUACAUUCAUGACAAAAUAUAAGAUCCCUGGAGUUAUAGGUUGUGUAGACGGCACACAUUUUGGUUUACAGAGGCCAUCCAGUAAUGAGCAUAUGUUUUUUAACCGAAAAGGAUUCCACAGCCUUAACUAUAUGGUGAUAUGUGAUCAUGAGUACAAAAUUUUGGCAAUCAAUUCCAAAUACGGUGGAGCAGCCCACGAUUCCUUCGUAUGGAAACAUUCGGAUGAAAGAAGUUUCUUGGAAGAGCUUUUUAACAACAAUACAUCUAAAAAUGUUUGGCUCUUGGGCGACUCCGGGUAUCCUCUAGAACCUUGGUGUAUUACACCAUAUAGAAACCCGGCGGAAGGCUCUAUGGAAUCCAAUUUUAAUGACGUUCAUUCAAAAGCCCGUUGCAUUAUAGAAAGAACAAUUGGUAUUCUGAAAGGACGUUGGAAAAUACUCGUCAAUGACAAAAGGAGUCGUUACAGCCCAGAAAAAAUUGCCUCUUUCGGUAAUGUAUGCGCAGCGUUACACAACGUCUGUAUACAUUUUAAAGUACCUAGGUACACAAAUGUGACAGCUGCUGAACCCAUUCAACAAAAUUUUGGAUUUGAAAAUGAAACUAACCUAACAAAAAUUGGAAAUAAAAUAAGGGAUCAUAUAAAAUUAACAUUGAGGGAAAACUAA